AUCGCACAUAUUAACUCGUCGCGUAGACGUCGCAGCCGCAGAAGCAGCAGCAGCAGCAGCUAACCCAACCCAACACAACACAAUCCCCAACAAUCCUAUCCGCUCAAAUUCUAAGCCGCUCGCACGCAGAAAUUUACUAAUUAACUAACCAAAACGACACCAAAAGAAAAAUCCCAACAAAAAAAUAUAUUGCAAUUUUGUCUUUUUUUUUUUGAGUGCAAGCCAAAACGAGCAACUGCAAAAAGCAAAACCGAAACAGAAACAGUGCAAAAGAAGAAGUAUAAAGAACCGUUAAGCAGUUAUAUAAUACAAAUGCAAAAAUGUGCCAUAAUUCGGGCAUCGAAAGUGAACAGAUCGAACGGUAUAUGGCCUUCGGUCUGCCACAAAAAGCCGUCAAAUCGGUAAAAUACACGAUGCGCAAGCGUGAAAAGCAGCAGCGCAAGGAGCAACAAAAGCAGCAGCAGCAGCAGGAUCAAUCACAAAACAACUCCGAGAAUGAAGACAGCAGCAGCAGCAGCAACAGCAGCAGCGACUGCGGCACUAAUUUUGAUAUUAAGCCAGUGCAGCAACAGCAGUUGCCAACCGCAAAACAAAAUACAGCAACUAAACCCGAGACAAAGACGGAGAUAGUGAAAGCAGAAGUAGAAGCAGGUGCAAAAGUUGAGCACAAAACAGAAGCUUCAUUAACAGUCAACAGUCAGAAUAACAUUGAGAGCAACAUCAGCAUUUUAAAAAUUCCCAAAUUCUGUGGACGUUUUAAGAAAAUGCAACAGCAACAACAGCAACAACAACAAUUGGAGGCUGUAAACUCUGAGCACAACAGCCCCGUCACAACAGUUUCACCAACAGCAACAACAGCAGCUGCAUUAACAGCACAGCAGCAGCGCAAACUUAGCUCCAUGGAGCCAUCGAUGGACGAUGCUCUCGCAAUUGGCACUCAAAUGACGCGCAAAUUUACUGAGCGCUGCCAUUGCCUGAUCGUCCAGCUGCAAGGGAGUCGCCUAUACACAAUACUGACGAGUACCACACAGCCGGCGCAUUUGAUGGCCAUUUUCAUAUUGUCCUUUGUGCUACUGACCGUUGGACCCGAUCUCACAACGACAACGACAACAAUGGACGACAGCCAAUUUGCAGCAACAACAGCAACAGGGACAGAGAUGCGGAGCAAAGCUUCCGCAAAAGUGGGUGGCAGCGUGCUGGCAACGCUGGCGUUUUUAGGCGCAUUCGCCACACACUUUGGCUCUCAAAUUUGGAUGACCUUUGUCUCGGGCCUCUCGCUAUAUUUCUCGCUGCCCCGCCACACCUUUGGCCAGUGCCAGCAGAUAUUGUUCCCCAAAUAUUUUGCACUAAAUGCGAUGCUGAGCAUCACCAUGCUAAUCAUUUAUGUGAAAUAUUUCCUGAGUGGCUGGUCAACGUCGGCCGGUGUGCAACUGGGCGCUCUAUCAGUGACGUCAGCCAUUGAGGUGGUGAUACGUUUAUAUCUGGCACCGCCAAUGCUUCAACUCAUGCAUGAGAAGUACAGGCUCGAGGGUGCCAUCGGCAGUGGCCAGGAGGUUGGCAGCCUGUUGCAAGGGGAUUUGGUCGAGUGUCCGCACUAUCAGCGCAUACAUAAGGCAUUCCGGCGCAUACACAUGAGCAUUGCCAUUGGCAAUAUGAUUAUACUAUUGGCCACAUGUCUGCAAUUAUAUUUUCUAUCAUUGAAAAUACGAAUUAGCUAAGACGCCAACCACCGCAUUGGCAGCCCAGGCCAAAAAGCACAUUUUCGUGCAGCGCCUGAAAGGCUGUCAGGUUUUUUUUUGUUUGGUUUUCAACCAUUUAAUGCAAAUAGAAUUUAUAAUUUAAAAAAAAUUUUGUAGCGCAAUUAAGCCAUUAAACCAUCACCAGUCCAACACACACACACACACACACGCACACUGUUACACACGCACACUGUUACACACGUACACAUACACAGACUUACUCAUAAAAGUUGAUAUUGUAUUUGACUGUCAAUGAUUGUCUCAAAUUUAUUAUUAAAAUAGAAAGUACUACGCGGCUUUUAUAGGCAAUGUAUUUAUAACAAACACACUCACCACACACACACACCCGCACACACACGCACACAUAUCUAUCUAUCACUCAUUAAAAAUAACCAAUUUAAGCAAUCCAAAUAGAAAAAUAAUUGGAAAAAGUUACACACACUAAAUGAACAGUAAAUUGGCUCGGAAAUUACAUAAAAUAUUUGAUGUAA